UUUCGGUGAUGUCCUGCCGGGCGAUGGGAGUCAGGGCCGCGUGGUAGGUGCCGAAGCCUGGGGGGCGACCCAGACCGCCCCAUAGACAGGAGCUGAUAACUUGGCCCAUCUGACCCAUGGGCCUGGUGGAGGGCCUUGAAGCCCCUGAAGGAGAUGGGAAGGGGGAAGGGCCACAAGCAGGCAGCUGGAGAACCAGAGGUACUUGGGGCGGGCACAGGCAGGGCCUUCACACCGUCUCCCCCGAGCAAACCCAGGGCCAGAAGCAAAGGACACUCACCAAGCACUGCAGAGGUUUAUUGGGGACACCGAAAAGUGUGAAGUAGGCGUUGUCAAAGUCAUCUGAAGAAGAAAAAGGAGGGAAGAGGUAGGUGUCUCCUCUACUUUGGACCCGAGUCCUACUUCUGGGAAUUUAUCCCACAUUACAGGUACACAACUGGGAAAUGAUAUGAGUAAAAGAUCUACCCAUUUCAACAUUGUUCAUAAGAGAAAAUGGCCGGGAAUAGCUCAAGUGUCUCAUUCAAGGACUUGUUAAAUACACUCUGAUACAUCCUCGCUAGCAGCUACUUAAAAGAAACAGGAAAUUCUCGAUACAAGACCUCCAAGGUGCAGAAGAGUAUAUGCUGUAUGCUACCUUUUGUUUUAAAGCACAAAACUGAGGAGAUUGGAGGCAGAGAAGAAUAUACAUUCAGGUCAUCACCUUAACCAUGUCAUCAAACUCGGCAUCACGAAUAGCAGGAUAACAACAUUAUGUGCCUCCUGCUGAAGCACUAUGGCAAGCAUGCAAGAUUCUGGCCAGGGAUGUUUUACCUGGUUAAUCAAGCCUCCCCAUCCAGCUUCUCGUUUACAGAAAACAGUCAAGGCACCCCCACCUCCACACCCAAGCCGCUCAAUGGAUGAAGACUUACUCCUUGGGCCUAUGUGGCCUUUUCACCCCAAAGACGCUCAGGUCCUCCUCCCGUUCACGGGCCGGACCUCAGUUCGCGGGGCUAGCUCACACGCAGUCAGCCAUCCCUCAGUCCUUGGAUUCUUCCUAAAGGCGCAGCUCUGGGACCAUGGCCGACCGGACAGAGCCCAAGGCAGGGGCUGCUGAGGUCCUGCCAAGCUGCAGAAGACUCUGGCCCAGAGAGACUCUGCCUGAGUCCUGGAUCUGAAGCUGGAGGGCUGGGGUGUGCCUCCUGCCACUGCUGACUGACAGUUGACAAGCCUCUGCCACCUAGAGUCUCCCAGGAUCACAUGGGGACAUCAAGCUGUUAUUCUCCCACCGGCCACCCUGUGGCUUGGUCAAGGCAUCAGGAUGUGGAGCUGGGUCCAGAGGGUGCUGCCUCAGCCCCCAGGGACCCCUCAGAAGACAAAGAUGGAGGAGGAGGAGGAGGGGGCAGAACCAGAACCGGAGGCGGAGCUGGAACCAGAGCCGGCGCCUAAAACAGCUCUGAAGGAGGCCGAGCUAGGGGACAAAUCCCUGCCACCGGAGGAGCCAUUUGAGGGGGAGGAAGUGGCUACAGCCGAGCCAGGCCCUCAGGAAACCCAGGAGGCUGCCCCUACUCCACCCACAUCCCUCCAAGCCCAGGUUGCUGUGGUUCCCGAAGUGAACAGCACUCCCAGUGGCUGGGUGCUGACCUGGCUCAGGAAAGGCAUGGAGAAAGUUGUCCCACAGCCGGUCCUCAGCAGCGGGCCAGCCCAGACCACUGCUGCUGGCUUGGAAGGCCCCACCCAGGCAGGAGCACAGAUCCCUGGGCAACGCAGCAAUGGGAGCUCAGAUGGACUCGAUGUGGCCCCUGGGGCCCAGGACACUGGGCCUGGGCCCUGGCUGCUCAGGUGGCUUGAGCAGAAUCUGGAGAAAGUGCUGCCUCAGCCCCCCCAGAGCUCCAAGGACUGGGGAGAUGAGCCUGCAGAUGCUGCCUUGGGCCCAGAGCCCCCAGGACCCCCUUUGGAAAGGGAGCCCAUGCUGCAGGCCCCGGAGAGCCCCAACAUGCCCACUGCUGGCCCCCUGGAGCCCAAGGAAGAGCCAACUUCAGAGCCCCAGGCCACCUUCCAUGCUUCUUCCUUGCCGCCUGCUGGGGACCCUGCCAGGUUGAUGGCUUGGCUCCGGCACAGGCUGGAGAUGGCCCUGCCGCAACCCGUGCUCCAUGGGAAGGCUGGUGAGCAGGAACCUGAUUCCCCUGUGGCGUGUGACGUGCAGACCGUCUGCAUCCUCCCUGGAGGCCAAGAGGAGCCCGAUCUCGUCCUAGAAGAGGUUGACCCUCACUGGGAGGAGGACGAGUAUCAGGACCGGGGCACCAGUCCGCAGGGCUCAGAGGCAGCUCCAGCUUAUGAAGAGGAGAAUGAGGCCAUGGAGGAGAUGCCCAGGGAGCUGCCCCAGAUUCAAGAGGAGAGAGAAGAUGAGGAGGAAGAUGGAGAGGAGGAGGAAGAAGAGGAGGAGGAGGAUCCUAAUGUCCUGCUGGAUAGCUGUCUGGUGGCACAGGCUGGCGAGCACCCGAGCGGAGUAGGCAGGACCCAACCCCAGGAGGCCGCCCACCAGGAGCCACAGGAGGAGGCCGUGGCUGCCAGCCCAGAAGUGCCUGCUACAGAAGAGCACCCGGAAGUGCAGGUGGAAGAUGCCGAUGCUGACGACCACCCCGUCAUCUUGGAGAACCCUCCCUCACCCGAGCUGCCGCCACCUUCUCCUGCCAAAUCGGACACCCUUACGGUCCCGGGAUCUGCCGCAGGGACCCAAAGGAAGGGGCCGCCCUCCCAGGAUGAUGAGGCUGAAGAGCUCAAGGCACUGUCGCCAGCUGAGUCUCCCAUGGUCGCCUGGUCAGACCCAUCCAGCCCGCAGGGCACUGAUGGCCAGGACCGCGCAACCUCCACGGCCAGCCAGAACAGCGCCAUCAUCAACGACCGGCUCCAGGAGCUGGUGAAGCUUUUCAAGGAGCGGACAGAGAAGGUGAAGGAGAAGCUCAUCGACCCCGAUGUCACGUCUGACGAGGAGAGCCCCAAGCCCUCUCCAGCCAAGAAAGCCCCAGAGUCGGCCCCGGCAGUAAAACCCACCGAAGCGGGACAGGCGGAGGAAGAGGAACACUAUUGUGACAUGCUCUGCUGCAAGUUCAAGCGCCGCCCCUGGAGGACAUACAAGUUUCCCCAGAGCAUUGACCCGCUGACCAACCUGAUGUACAUCCUGUGGCUGUUCUUCGUGGUGCUGGCGUGGAAUUGGAACUGCUGGCUGAUUCCCGUGCGCUGGGCCUUCCCCUACCAGACGCCAAGCAACAUCCACCUCUGGUUGGCGAUGGAUUAUCUGUGUGACCUCAUCUACUUCCUGGACAUCACCGUGUUCCAGCUGCGCCUGCAGUUUGUCAGAGGGGGAGACAUCAUUACGGACAAGAAGGAGAUGCGCAAUAACUACCUGAAAUCUCGUCGCUUUAAGAUGGACGUGCUCUGCCUCCUGCCCUUGGACUUUCUCUACUUGAAGUUCGGUGUGAAUUCCCUCCUGCGCUUACCCCGCUGUUUGAAGUACAUGGCCUUCUUCGAGUUUAACAGCCGCCUGGAAUCCAUCCUCAGCAAAGCCUACAUUUACAGGGUGAUCAGGACCACGGCUUACCUGCUCUACAGUCUGCAUUUGAACUCAUGUCUGUAUUACUGGGCGUCAGCCUAUCAGGGCAUCGGCUCCACUCACUGGGUUUACGAUGGCGUGGGAAACGGCUACAUUCGCUGUUACUACUGGGCUGUGAAGACCCUCAUCACCAUUGGUGGGCUGCCUGACCCCAAGACACUCUUCGAAAUUAUCUUUCAGGGGCUGAACUAUUUCACCGGUGUCUUUGCUUUCUCUGUGAUGAUCGGACAGAUGAGAGACGUGGUGGGGGCCGCCACUGCAGGGCAGACCUACUACCGCAGCUGCAUGGACAGCACAGUGAAGUACAUGAACUUCUACAAGAUCCCCAGGUCCGUACAGAACCGUGUCAAGACCUGGUACGAAUACACCUGGCAGUCCCAAGGCAUGCUGGAUGAGUCAGAACUGAUGGUGCAGCUUCCGGACAAGAUGCGGUUAGACCUCGCCAUCGAUGUGAACUAUAACAUUGUCAGUAAAGUGGCUCUCUUCCAGGGCUGUGACCGACAGUUGAUCUUUGACAUGCUGAAGAGGCUUCGUUCUGUCGUCUACCUGCCCAAUGACUAUGUGUGCAAGAAGGGGGAGAUAGGCCGAGAGAUGUACAUCAUCCAGGCAGGACAGGUGCAGGUCUUGGGUGGCCCUGAUGGGAAGGCCGUGCUGGUGACGCUGAAGGCUGGAUCUGUGUUUGGAGAAAUAAGCUUGCUGGCUGUUGGUGGCGGGAAUCGUCGCACCGCCAAUGUGGUCGCCCACGGGUUCACCAACCUCUUCAUUCUGGAUAAGAAGGACCUGAAUGAAAUUUUGGUGCAUUAUCCCGAGUCUCAGAAGUUACUCCGGAAGAAGGCCAGGCGCAUGCUAAGAAAUAACAACAAGCCCAAGGAGAAGAGCGUGUUCAUCCUUCCUCCCCGGGCAGGCACCCCCAAGCUGUUCAACGCCGCCCUGGCCAUAGCAGGAAAGAUGGGCGCCAAGGGGGCAAAAGCCGGCAAGCUUGCCCACCUGAGGGCCCGGCUCAAGGAACUGGCUGCGCUGGAGGCAGCAGCGAGGCAGCAGCAGUUGCUGGAACAGGCCAAGAGCUCGCAAGACACUGCGGGAGAGGCGGGAUCCGCCGCCCCAGACCAGCCAGCACCGCCAGAGCCCCCAGCCCGCAGCUCUCCGCCACCUGCCUCCCCUGAGAGGCCCGACGAAGGCAGGGAAGGGGCGGCUGGGCCGGAGGAGCACUCGGUGCAGAUCCGCAUGAGCCCAGGCCCAGAUCCCGGUGAACAGAUCCUGUUGGUGGAGAUCCCGGAGGAGAAGGAGAUCCCCGAGGAGGAGGAGAUCCCGGAGGAGAAGGAGAUCCCCGAGGAGAAGAAGGAGUUCCCGGAGGAGAGGGAGAUCCCCGAAGAGGAGGAGAUCCCGGAGGAGAAGGAGAUCUCGGAGGAGAAGAAGGAGUUCCCGGAGGAGAAGGAGAUCCCCGAGGAGAAGGAGAUCUCCGAGGAGAAGGAGACCCCGGAGGAGAAGCAGGAGGCCGAGUGAGGCUGCCGCCAGCGAGCCACUUCCGGCAGGUGCAGGCGCGUCCCGAGCAACGCGCCCCUCUCCUACAGGCCCAGACUCCCGGACUCAGUAGCGUCUGUCAUUCUGGCCCAGCGGGCUUCUGCCAAGGCUGGUUUUGAAGUCAACAAAUGUCAUUAGUGUCCCUGAGUUCCCACCAUCACCUGAGAACCCUACAUCUUCCGACUGUUAUUUUUAAAAACAAAAUUCUUUUCUAUUUAAAAAGUUUGUGGGGAAAGGCUAGGCAGAAUGGGACUCCAACCCUCCGGGAAGCUUUGUUGGAGACUAAAGGGUUAUUGAAUGUUUGGGUUUCAAUCUCCCACAUUUCAAGGAUAGAAAACCUGCCAGCAGGUGGGAAGCCUGGCUGGCUCAGUGGGUAGAACAUGGGACCCUUGAUCUCAAGGUUGUGAGUUCAAGCCCCACAUUGGGUGUAGAGAUUAAAACAAAAACAGCUUGUCAGCAGAAGGGUAGUUAUGCUCUGCUGCUCAUUUGACUAAAUGGGAACUGUGGCUCACCUGACCUGCUUAGGGACAGGAUGCCCAUUAGGGUAGUUAAGCAUGGAUCUGUCCCCGGGUUGCAUUCAGUUCUGAGUCCGAUGUCUUCACCUAGUUCUGGUCUGCAGGGAUUCGUGCUUGCUUACUUUAACACCCUUGCCAUAGAGAUGAUGGUGGCAACUUCCAUUAAUCCUGGAAGACAAAAUUACAGCUGACACCACUGAAGUUCCUGAUGCUUCCCCAGAUCAAGUCAAGUCAUGUUGCUUUAAUGAUUCAAAAUAAAAGGGGGGGAGGUGGGAUGCGGAGGAGUCCUCAGUCACUGAAUAUUGGGAGGAUUUCAUUUGCAUAUCUAAUGGCUCUUGGGGGAGUGGGUGAUUAAACACAAAAACCCGUCCUGGGCCAUUUGUUUCCACCAGCAACAAUGAACACAAAAAGCCCCGGAAUUCCAAUAGGUACUGCCCAUUUUAUAUAAAAUUGCAGGACAUUGUGAACUGCUGAAGAGGCCUUUGAGGGCUUACAAAUGUGUGUAUUUGUCUAUCGGCCUAAAACCAGAACAUUCAUUUCCCCUGUGAAAAAAAUGAAACAAUAUGGGAGUUCUCAGCCUGGUCUAAACACUUCCAAAUCCCAGGGUAACAAACAGAUUUCUCUAGUUGAUGACAUACCAUGUGAUCUGAGCAAUCACAUUGUAUAUAGUGAUGAGCAGCAUUAUUUUAGCCUUUUAAAAAGCUUUUAUUAUUAAUUUAUUUUAAUAAAUUUUUAUGGGUAUGAAAGGCCACCUAGUUAAAAUGAUCCCUCCUACCCCUGGUGCCCAACCUCCCUGGUCCCCUUCCUGGAAGAAACCACUAUUAUCAAUUUCUCAUGCUCUUCCUUUUUUUUUUUUUCUUUCACAAAUAAUAACAUACUAGAGCUGCUGUUGUUUUUCAUUUGAUUUAUUCUGAAGAUUCUUUCUUCUUACUAUAUAGAGGGGAUGCUUAUUUUUCAUGCCUACAAUCUAGUCCAUUGUCUGCAAGUAUCAUAACAUUUAACGGCUCUCCAAUUGACAGGCAUUUGCCAUGUUUUCAAUCUUAUGCUGUUAAGAAAUAGUGCUGCAAUUAAAAAAAUCAUAUACAUAACUUCA